UUACAUAGAGUAAAGCGGUCGUGUCGUGUCUUAAAAAAACAAACCUUGUUAAUUAUUCAAUAAAAACCUUUAUGUGAACAAGUCGAAGUGAAAGUGAAUCAUUAUUCCAAAAUAUAAUCCAAAAAUUAUAAUCUUCAGUUUUCUUGAACAAUGACAUUAACACAGAAUCUUGAAGCUGUAACCAAUCAUUUUGAGAAGGCUCCCUCAUCAAUAGCUGUAUGGGUGUCUUCGCAAUGGAAGGGAGUUGCUUCCGAGUUUGUCGCGACACUAUUUCUGGUGACCUUCGGUUGUAUGUCGUGUAUACCCAUUUCGGGGCUGCCGCACAAUCCACCGAUGUACGCAGCUCUCACCUUUGGCAUGACCAUUGCGAUAUGCAUACAGAUCUUUGGACAUAUAUCAGGAGCGCUGAUGAAUCCCUUCAUAGCCGUGCAAGCUGUGCUGUGGAAAAGAGUAUCUAUAUCCGUUGGAAUAGCGUACAUAUUAGCUGAAUUAGCCGGGGCUUGCGCUGGAUAUGGAAUCUUAGUAGCUGUUGCACCAGUUGAUAUGGCAGGAGAAGGUGUGUGCGUGUCGCUGCCGCAUCCGAUGCUGAAUAAUUACCAAGCAGUUUGUGUGGAAAUAAUGUUAUCAGCAGCGCUAUCGUUGGUGAAUUGCUCAGUAUGGGAUCCUGUGAAUGAGAGUAGACUAGAUUCUGUCCCUUUGAAAUAUGCUCUUACUAUAUCGGCAUUAGCGUUGGCUGGAGGUCCACUUUCAGGUAGCAGUAUGAAUCCAGCUAGAUCGUUCGGCCCAGCUCUGUGGGCGAUGAAAUGGGACUCUCAUUGGGUUUAUUGGGUUGGUCCUUUCAUCGGUGGGAUUGUGCCAGCGAUAUUUUAUAAGCAUGUCUGGUUACAAAAACGUGAUUCAAAGUCGCUAUAAUCACUUUUAUUGUAAAAAUAAGUCGUGUCUUUGAAUUAAACAUCUAUUGAA